CGCGGGGCUGCGCGGGCGGCGGGCGGGCAGCGGCCGCGGUCCCCACCGGCGCAGCGGUGGCAGCGCAGCCGGCCCUGCUCGGCGGUACAAAGCUGCUUGGGAAAUGGCACCGCUGCCCGGAGCCGCAGUCGGAAGCGAUCUGCCAUUUCAUUUUGGUUUUUUAUUUUAUUUUUUUUAAGCGGGCUCUUUUCGGUGAAAAAUAAUUAAUUUCUUAAAUCUGUCCCUUCUCUUUUUGAUUUUUUUUUGAAUUUUUUUUUUACAUAUAUAUAUUUUUUUAUUUUUAACGUGUGUGCGUGUGCGUGCGUGCGUGUGGAAGCGCUGGGCUCCUGCGAUCAGGGUCUGAAUGAAACUACGUAAAUGCAGCUGUCGGUGCGUCGCGCUGGAGGGACGAGCGGAGCGCUUCGGCCGCAGCAGCCUGCCUUCAGAUGCGCCCCAUCUGCUCUCCAGGAUCUGCCGUCGCCGCGGGGCCUCUCGCCCGGCUGGGCUCCGGGCCGGGGAUCGCUGAGCUCUGACAGAUCGCCGGGCAAUACACUGGGAAGCGUGCUGACCGCCUCUAGGUCCCGUCCCCAUCCCACGGUGACCCGAAGCAUCAAAGCAUCGCGUUCCUGAAGACUUGGGAUGUUUGGGUUUUCGUGUUGCUGUUGUUGGUUUGUUUUGUUUUUGUCUUUUUGCGGAGGAAACUUGACAGAGGAACGUAUUUAUAGCCCCGAGUAAGUACUUUUCAGAGCAAAUUUAGUUUGUGUAACUUAACAGAGCGAUGCCGAGGUUCCCGUCUCGGCGUUGAGACGGAGCGCAUCCGUCCGCUCCCUUUGUGUCCGUGGGAUCUCAGCACAAGGGAACAUGCACCUGGUUCCCGGCGGGCGUAACACCCUCUGACAUGUAUUCUGACAGCCAGGAGGAAGCGUCGCUCAAGUAGAUUUAUAAUAAGUAAUAAACGUGCAUCUGGAAGUAAAGCGUUCGCCGUGUUUUAGUCCGUAUUUAUGCCGUGCAUCUCCAUCUGAGGAGGCAACGCCGAGAAGACGCACGUCCCUCUGAGAGCCCCCCACCUCAUGAUGAAUGAAACAGUGCCCCACACCUUAACUGGAUUAUAAUUGUUGCUGUUCUUAAUUUUAUUACCGUUGGCUGCUUUACUUUUGGGGGUUCGUCCCACUCCUCUCCUUCCUCUCCCCCUCCCACUCGCUGCUUCCCCUCGAAAACCAUGGCUCACCCCGGGAGAAGAGGCUACGACAACCGCGAGAUAGUGCUGAAGUACAUCCACUAUAAACUCUCUCAGCGGGGCUAUGACUGGGCUGCCGGUGAGGACAGGCCGCCUGUGCCCCCGGCCCUGGCUCCUGCUGCUGCUCCUGCCGCGGUGGCUGCUGCUGGAGCCUCCUCCCACCACCGCCCCGAGCCCCCCGGCUCGGCUGCUGCUAGUGAGGUGCCCCCAGCUGAGGGGCUGCGCCCCGCACCUCCAGGCGUCCACCUCGCCCUGCGCCAGGCCGGGGACGAGUUCUCUCGCCGCUACCAGAGGGACUUUGCCCAGAUGUCGGGCCAGCUGCACCUGACGCCCUUCACGGCCCACGGUCGCUUCGUGGCCGUGGUGGAGGAGCUCUUCCGUGAUGGGGUCAACUGGGGCCGGAUUGUCGCCUUCUUCGAGUUCGGCGGCGUGAUGUGCGUCGAGAGCGUCAACCGGGAGAUGUCGCCGCUGGUGGACAACAUUGCCACCUGGAUGACCGAGUACCUGAACCGGCACCUGCACAACUGGAUCCAGGACAACGGGGGAUGGGAUGCCUUCGUGGAAUUGUACGGCAACAGUAUGAGGCCUUUGUUCGAUUUCUCCUGGAUCUCUCUGAAGACCAUCCUGAGCCUGGUUCUGGUGGGAGCUUGCAUCACUCUUGGCGCUUAUCUUGGACACAAGUAGAGUCACCCAGUUUAUCGUGGAUUACAAAAGUCUUUCAAAACAGCAAAAUAAUAUUUUUUUUCUGUAGCACAAUGGUAUUUUAUGAGCAAAACAACUUCCUGGCUAAAGAUUAAAUCAGCUAUUACUGCCAAAGGAAAUAUCAUUUAUUUUUACAUUGCAGGAAAAUUAUUUAUUAAAAUAUAUUUACAUUUUAACCUGCUAUUUUCAGAAACUCUGCAAGUUGUAUCUGUCAUCACAUCAUGUUGUUAUUCUUAACUUUAAAGAGCCCCAAAGCAUUUUAGGUUCUUUUUUUUUUAAUUGAUGCAGUUGUCUGGAUCAUUUUAUCUGGAAAGAGCAAGUAUACUGACAAAGACCUACCUGCUUACACUUAGGAAGGCAGUUACUUGAGCUGCUAACGGCUGUGUAAUUGUAUAGAUCUCCUUGCAAUUUUUGGGAUGGCCGAGAGGGCUCUGAAAGAAAAGGUCAAUGUGAACAAAGUUCUAAUCCCGUCCUGCCUGCGAGCUCAACAUGGUACACGCAUGCAGUCAAAAUGGUGACUUCUUGAAGGACACUUGGCUAUCCCUACAGCUUGAAAUGCAAUUGCCUCUGCCUUGUAGACAUGCGUUUUCAAGUUACCAGUCGUGCCAUCGCAUCAUAGUCAUGAUAGCAUCAUCCUAUACCCUACUAUGUGUCAGCUCAAAUGCUUUUCUUUAUGGAUGUGUGAAGUUUAAUCUUUGGGGCUUGCAGGAAAUUACUGUUCCAAUGAUUUUCUCAGCAGUAAAAAGUUUUCACGGCUACUGACACAGAAACAUCAGGAGACCUUAAGUGCCUGCUUCUACAGAGCAGAGCUGGAGUCUGAAGACCUGACCUGCGUCCCACUUUAGGGCUCAUAUCUGCAACUAAUCCUGUUUACUUACAGAGUUCCUCUGGGGGUUUGAAACCAAUUAAAUGUGGUCUCCAAAUCCCUGAAAGUUGAAAAAGAUUUUAAUUCUAUUUGGCAAGAAACAGACCUCAGCUGAGUUACAAAUUAGCUCUGACUAUCCUCGUUUCUCAAACCAGACACCAAAAUCAAGUUCAUUUUCAUAACACAGAAAGAAAGUGAGCUUUAUCCUCCUGCCCCUUGCCCUCAAAAUUAUUUCAUGCUAAUAAUUUCCUAAGACUGUCUACUGAAGAAAAGAUGAAGAAGAAACUCCUCUAUCUGGACAGAGACUCUCUGACACCUCGAUCUCACAGGUGCCUACUGUCAUUUCAAGCGAAAACAGGGUGGAGGAAAAAGGGGAGGGUGAAGCCAUCUGCCCCUGUUAGAAAUGCAACGCAAGUACAGUUAAUGCAGAAUACUCAGUAUACACUUUUAUAAGCAGACCUGUGUCCUAAGACCAGGUGUGUUGAUGUAUGUCAAAGCAGGGCUUUCCAUGUGCUCGGAGGGGGCCGGAAUUGCUGACGAAGCAGAAGAAUCCCAGUGUGUUGCAUGGACUGCUCUGUUGAAUGGACAUCGCCAUCUUCAAUCAAACGCUCCUAUUUUUUCUACGAAACUUUUGAAACCCGGGAUUUGUGGGUAAAUGGACAUUCAGAGAUAGAAAGAAAAGGUUUUAAAGCUCUGAAUGUAAUGUACCGUACAGCGCAGAAGUGCUAAUAAGGGGUGAAAAAAGUAAAAUAAAAUACAGUGAAUAAACUGUAGAUUCAACCUCAGAAUUUCAGAUGGAUAACUUUGUGGCAUUAUAUGCAAAAUAUCUCCAUUAACUUGGGAAUGUAAGAUGUUCAAUGUUAAGGCUGUAGUUGAUGUUGUGUCUUCAAAGCUGCUUUUUUUUGUUUGUUUGUUUGUUUUAAGAGUUGUACAUCUCAGCAUUUUUACUGCUAUUUAGUCAUGGCACCUACACUUUGUGUGAGCAAAGAUGGAACGAGCUUACCUUUCCACUUUGAAAUUACUUGUAAUUUCAUAGAAACAUACAAAGGAGGUGUUUCAAAGAUCACAGAAGUGGGACUAAAACUAGGAUCGAUUUUAAAGAAAAGAAAAAAUGUCAUAGAAUCAGAUGCACCUGCAGUGUUUUUGGAGCUUCUGUCAGAAGUGGGCAUAUGUGUGCAGGAUUCAUAUGAGAAAUAUUUGAAUUGGGAGCAACCAAGUAUUGUGGAUCGAGUGUGGGCUUUGUUUUUUUUUUUUCAGCUGCGAAGCUGAACGUGUCUGAAGCUGAUUUCAAAACUGGAAUUGGCUGCUAUCGAGCUGAUGUUUCAUUUCACAAGCUAGUCUUUGUUUCAAUUUAUGCCCAUACGCCCAUUAAAGUUCAUGAACUAUUAGACCUCAAAUUGUUUCAAAAUUGUUUAUUUUAUUAAAGGUUUACAUUGUCAAAAGUAGUAAAAGAGUAACUAUCAAUUCCAGUGCUGCUAUACUACCAGGAUAAUUUGAAUGGGUUUUAUUUUUAAUACCUUCCAAUGGCAAAAGUUUUUUAAAGCUGCUUUAGAAAUAAUAUGAAGACGACACGUGAUGAUACACAUUUAAAUGAAUAUUGAGGAUUUUGUGUUCUGUUGUGUCUACUCACUGGACUACCCAGUGUAUUGGUUAAUGCCAGGCAAAAAGAAGAGUCACAAUGACUGUUGAUGAUUUUAUUUUAUUAAAGAGCUAACGGAGUUUUCCCAUCCUGACUGCAGAAUAGUACAGUAUUGUGGCUGCAUUAGGUAUAACAGUAGUUGAUAAUACAUUUAUUAAGAAACAUAGUAGAAACAUUGAAUGUAUAUAAAAGCUUGAACUUCUUUAAUAAAAUCCUCUCCUCUCACUCUUGCAUUUCUUUUGCAAUAAUUCCUCAUCACAUCUUCCCAUAGAGGUUUGGUUUUUUUCCCCCCACAAAUUGCCUUAUAGACAAUUGCAUGCUCAAAGACUACACUUCAGUGAAAAUUCAUCCUCUGUCACUAUGUGAACACACACACCUGGUUGUUCCCAGUGUAUCCAAGCCAUCAAAGCAGAAAGUGAAGAAAAGAGGGAGGUUUCUGAGGAUGGUUAGGUGUGGAAGACCAGAGGACAACAAAGGAAGACACCAAGAAAUAGAGAGAAGCAAAGAGAUCACCAAAAUAUCUCCCUGCUUAGAGGCGACUGUUAGAAGGAAUUGGUUCAUCUUUCAUUCUUUCCCUUGAAAAAGGGUGAUGCAAGGGCAGAGUAACCCAUUACAGACUCACCACGAUCAUUUUUCAGUAUAAAACUUCAUUAAUGCUGAAGGCAGUCUUUUGCGUAACAGAAAAUCCUUAGGAAUUUGAAAGUAAUGCUUGAUUUGGCUGUGUUUAAUUUAUUUGUCAUUAAUUCUUUUCCGCUUCAUUUAUUAAGAAAAUAAUGAAGGAAAAUGUUUUGUUCCUGGGGAAAGGAAAAAAAAAAGUAUCUGUGCAGUCCCUUAAGAUCUGUUACAGAUCAGUAUCUUGGGAAUAAAUGGAAAAAUGAGGAAAAUAAUCUGCAAGUUCAGUGUUCUGGAAUCAGAGCUGACACAGAGGAUGUUUCUUAAUAGAACAAGCACUGGAUCUAGCAAAGGAGGAACAGGGCUUGGGGGGUAAUGGAGAAUAAUAUACAGAUAGGGAAGGGGGCUGGAAGAUGUGGAGAAUGACACUGGUGUAUAAGAAAAUCUCAAGUUUCAGACGAUGCAGGAAUCCACCCAAGAUGGCCUGAAAAUAACUUCUAACUAAAACCAGCUACAAACCCGUGCACUGUGAUGUGACUGCAAUUACUAAGAAUGUUCAGCUACAGAAUUGUUUUUAAAUUAUUCUACAAGUACCCACUCAUUACAAAAGCUCAUUUGUUUGCCGUUGCGAUUUGAGAUUACGCAGCCUGAAUAGGAUUGCACUAAUAGAGAACAAUGAUGGAAAAGUGUUUCUUUGAAACCAGAUGUGCAAAGGAAACGUUGAUGUGGUACGGUUCAAAGAAUACAGAUCCAGGACACCCAAGCAUACAGUCUCCCUAGCUGAGUCAGUGGGAGUCAGAUACGCAUAAGGACUGCCUGCUUUGAGCCUAAAGCAUGACACUAUGCUUAGCCAUGCACCUGCAUCCGACUGCACAAGCCUAGAACUCCUAUUGAUUAUAAGUGUAGUGAAGUAGCAUGUUUAAAGCCUGUCUUUUUUCCUCUCUCUGUCUUUAAACAAGCUAGCAAAAUGAUUCAUUUGUAUUACAAGUUAAUGGCUCGGUAGUAUAUGAAAAUUUAAACAUCUUUUGAUUUAUGAGUAUAAAAAUUCUUUCUCGUUGCAAAAGCCCAGCUUUGUUUUUCAUUCCUAUCUCUCUUUCAAACAAGGCUAAACAAAAGGAAGACAAAGGAGCCAGUUUAAUCUGUAUUUCUUUUAAAUCACACUCCUAUACUAAGUUAAUGCAGCUUCAUCACACAAUGAAACCUUUCUUGGCAACUUAUACAGCAUUAAGAAUUCCACAGGAAAAAAAAAUGUAUAUUUUUAUAAUUUAAUUAGCAUAUUUUUUUUCUUUUUCUUCUGAAUAUUUGAAUUUUAAUUAUCACCAGCAUAAAUGUACAUAAGCAGAUAUCGUUUAUCCAGUACCUUUGGAUGAUGUAUGUACGGUAACGUAGUUUGUCAGUUUAUCAUCAUUUAAUAUGAUUAUGUCGUUCUUUGUCUUUAAAAUGUUAUAAGAACAUGCUGCCAUUAAACUUUCCAUGUCUGUCUAGUUAAUAUUGUGAAAAAAUAAUAAAGCACACUGUGAGUUA